CCUCUUCACUUACAUAAAUCUGAAGUCUGAAAUUGUCUCGGUCUUUUCUGCUCUUGCUUCUCACUAAUACGUUAAUCUCCAGAAAUAACAUACUCAUUGUAGAUAGCUAAAAAUGAAAUACUCUGUAGGUUUUUGUCUUCUGAAUAGUAACCAUCUUCCUCGAAGCCUCAAUCUUUCACCUACUUUUUUUUCCGCUCUGUGUCUAUGUUUUCCAUUGUGCUUAAUUUUAUCUGAUUUUCUUGCUUCUCUCUACUUUUCAUUUGAGCACUCAUGCCUUUUCUUCUUUGGGCCCCUCACUACAAGAAUCAAGGUCCUGCGGCAUGUCCGGAGAAAGGCAGCAAAGCUGGUGAGGGGUCUGGAGCACAAGUCUUAAGGGGAAUAACUGGGGGAAUGGUGAUUUUUCAGUCUGCAGAUGCUUAGGGGAGACCUUAUACCUCCCUACAGUAACCUGGAAAGAGGUUGAGGCAAAGUAGGAGUUGACCUCUUCUCCCACACAGCUAGUGAUAGGACUAGGGGAAAUGACCUCAAUGGCCAGGGGAGGUUCAGGCUGCAUAUUAGGAACAAUUUCGUCUUUGAAAGGGUGGUGAAGCAUUGAAACAGGCUGCCCAGGAAGGUCAUUUAGCCUCUGUCCUGGAGGCGUGCAAGAAACAGUAGUUGUACUGAGGGACGUGGUUUAGUGGGAGAUACUGGCGAUAGGUAAACAGUUGCCUUGGUGAUCUUGGAGGUCUUUUCCAACGCUGGUGAUUCUGUGAUUGAAGGUGGCAGAGAAAGCAUAGACUGGAUUGGCAGUUCUUUGCUCCAAAAUGGGCAUCUCACAGCUUCUGUUUUGUGUUGGUUUCCACUUGGUGUUUUUCCUGUGCUGCCCUUCCUGUAUCACAGUCAUUUGUUUGAAGUGCCCAUGUGUGUUAAGUGGACAGGCUGAAGAUGUUAGGACUACUUGAAAGUUUUAAUUUUAUGCUUCCUAACCACAGGACUUCUUUACUUAGUUGAGUUUUACUAGUGAUGUUAAAGCCCCACUUGCUCUUCCCAAGUUAUACAAAUAUGCAUUAUGCACAAGAGAUGAAGAACUCUUAGAGACAAAAUGAACUUAUUUCCAGUUCCUGAUGGUUUGUUUGAUAACUGCUGCAGUUUCCUAUGUCUGCCAGUUCUGUUACCUUCUUUCUCUUCUUAGACUUCAAAAUUGUAAUAUAUGAAAACUGCCAAGUGAAAUAAUGAAAUGAUUCUUCUUUUAAUAACCAUGCUAAAUUGAUUGAAUUCAGCACUGUGCUUAAGGAUGCACAGUUGUUUCAUGGUGAUGAAAGUAUUAUUUUCAUUCUAAAAGCAACUAAGUCUACUCAGUGCAAAAAGAUGUUGUUAAUUAUGUGGAAAAAAGUCGUGAAAGGUAUGGUAUUUCACUUCUAAAACACAAUUUAUUUUGUGAACAUAAAACUAUUUUGACCUUAAGUGUAGGCAAUAUGAGUAAAAAAAAACAUGAACAAAUCUACCAAAAACUUGCACAAAAAACAUAACAACAACAACAAAAACAUGGAAAAAGAUGUAAGACAUCAGCUGUGCUAUAUAGUACUCUGUACAAUGUAGAUCGUGUUGAUUAAUAUGGGUGCAAGGCAAAGUAAAAUAGGUUUUUAGACCUUCAGUUUGUACUGUGCAUGUUCAGGUAACUAAUUUUUAUUUUAUUUUAUUUUAUUUUUUAAUGUGUGUGCUAUUCUGUUCUCUUGGUAUUCAAAUGAAAAUGCCUGGGUCAUGUAUAUAUCUGGGAAGAUCUUGUAGCAGUUGCUGUGUCCAUCUCAGCCUUAACUGUUUCAUAUAGUUUAAUACUUAAAGGAACCAACUUUCUUUGCAAUGAUGGAUUUUCUCUUUUCUUCAGUUAUUUUUUCAGUUUUGCAUUUUUCCAUUCUUUAGGGAUUUGAAUUAAUUCAACUCUGUUCUUAAUUUUGCUAAUUUCAAAGCAACGAUUCUGUUGAUUUGGGUUUUAGACGCUUAUACGUGUGUGCAUUUCUAUAAUACAUAUGUUUGCAGUUUUCCCUUCAGUACUGAUAAUUUUGCCUUAUGAAGUCUGUUCUUUCUCCUGGAAAUCAUAUCAUUAGCUUGGUAGCACUUGAUCCUGAGAUUGUUCAGAAGACAAUGAAGUUUCAAAUAAAAUGAAGAUGAAUGCUAUGGCAUCAUACUGUGGUCAUGUAGUCUUUAUUGGAUUAGUUAUGACUGUAAUGAUGUCAUAAACAAUGAUUUCCUUACUGGUGUAUUUUUCACCAUUCUUAAGAAAGCCAGCUGUAAUGUAAGCUGUUACUGUUUUCAAGUGAACAAGGACAGCCAAAAAACCCAUGACCUAAAAAAAAAUGUGAAAAAGAGUAAAAAAAAUAAAAAAUAAAGUAAAAAGGUAGAUAGUAGAAUGGGUAAGACAGUCUCUUUCAGAGCAUUUCUAUUAGGGUUUAUUUUGUUAAUAUAUGUCCAAGGCAGUGAUGAACAAUGGUCUUAGAGCAGAUGCAUUCUUUGCCAGACAUGUUUGCUGUUUAGUUGCUGAUGUCUUCUGCAUUCAGGUUGGUGGCUGGCCCAUUAUAUGAGGAAUGUAGAUCUUACCAGGUACCAGUGCUGCUUAAAAACAAUUUAGUUGCAGAAAGUUACAAAGCUUGUCACAUUGAACACCCUAACCAAGAACCCAAAAUGUGAGAGAGAAACUGUUGCAUGUUAACGAGGGUUCUCAAAAGGCCGCUCAGAGGCUUGUCAGACUUCUAUCAAAAUAGUCUUUGCUUUCUUGAAAUUCUUACUUUAUUAUUUUUUUAAAGGGUUGUGGAAACUGCCCCUUAAGAAGGGAGAUGCAAAAAUAAGUAAGUAAAUAAAUAAAGAAGAGAAGAAAAGGAAUUAAAAACAUACUGCUUUCAGAUUAAGAAGAGUGUAGGAACUGUUGUUAGUUCAGUGGGAAUGGAUAUCUGUGAAUCAGUGUGUUGUGUCAUGGAGAAACAUCUCCAGUAGAUCGUUAUCUCCUUUGACAAAAAUUAAGCUCCACAUUUGUCUCUUUUGGUACAUGAAGCAUUUUUCCCAGUGAAAUGCUGCAGGUUCCCUUUCCCACAGUUGUUUCUGUUCUUGUGCCUUCAGGCUCUGCAGAUGUUCUUGUGUCCGCAGUUGGAUCAGACCUGGUUGUUUUUAUGUCCUGGUCUACCCAGUGCAGCAGUAACUUCUUGUGCUGUAUGGAGAACGUUGUGAAGGAGCUGUAGUGAAGUGCUGUGUGCCAUUGUAGAAGGGGCUCUGCAGCUGUAAAUUGGUCCAUGCUGGGUCUUGCCAAUGCCCUACUUGUAAAUAUGAGCACCUAAAAAAUAAAGGGUGGUGAGUUGAGGUAGUAAUGGUACUAAAAAGUAAAAACUGUGUCACUGGCUAUUAGAGAAAAUGGCAUUAAAAUUUGUGCUUCUAAAGCUACAUCAGUACUACUCAUGCAAGCUGAUGCCCCUUCUCCUGAAUCCAAGUUAUGUUCCUGUGCUGAUGACAUUUUAUUGGUACCUCUUCCGAUGUUUUUGAUGAUUAAUGUUUUUAAGUUUGGGGUAUGACUAUGUUAACAAGCAUUUCAUGGAGAAUCAGUCCUAAGCUUGCCAAUAGCUGUAUAUGACAAAAGGAGGGUGCGUUCUCUCCUCAUUAGCUGCAGGGCUGCUGUCCAGUUCCUUUUCCCUUGGGGUGUUAAUUAAUUAAUUUAUUUAUAUGUUGUUGUUGUUUGGUGUUGUUUGUGGUUGAAAAAAAAACCAAGUUAUUGUUAUUUUGAAUAAGUUGCUCUUUUUUUUUUUUUUUUUUUUUUUCCUUCUCAGUGCAUGGAGUAGAAAAAAAUUGCUAUCAUUGUUUAUUUUGCACUAGUAGUCACUUAUCAAAAUAUUUUCCUACCCCUGGUAAAUGUGAAUUGGUUUUAAUGUAACUUCAAGAUUUCUUUCUUAUUUCAUUUUAGGAAAGUCAAGGAUUUAGGAUUCUUUCAAAAUUUAAACUUCUGUUAUUAUUUCAUUGGCCAUGUCUCUUCUGUUAACAUAAAUCUGCUGUUUCUCUCACAGUAGCCAAAUUUUUGGUUAUUUCAAUCACUGGUAAUUGGGAGUAUUUUCUUCAGUAUUUCAGUUGUUGAAAUAAAGAGUAUUGAGACCAUAGUUUACUACAAUUUAACAAGCACUCCACGUAAUGUUAGUGAUCAGGAAAACAGGAAUCUGGGGAGACAAAGGGAUAAGAAAAGUAUUCCAGCUACCUAGGGGAAAGUAUUUUGUUUCAUAAUAUGUGUUUAUUUCAUAGUAAUAUAAUUGAUCUUUUGGAUGCUAGAUUUUACUUGCACAUCAGGAAAAAAAAUAAAAGGAUAUAAAUCUUACUAUUUUACAUAAUUAAUUUUCACAGUACGUAGAAACGUGAAAGCAGCUAGUCAGAGGUGUUCUGUCCCUUUCAGAUGUGAAUAUAUCAGCUUUUUUUCAUGUAAAUCAUGAACUUUCACUAACAGUUGCUCAUAGUUGUGUGCAGAUUUGAAAAUACUGCCUGCUGAAAUUAAUGUAGUAACUUCUACUGGAAUAUAUGAAAAUUGGCUCUGUGGUUCUCUGUUGUUAAUGUUUUAUUUAAAAUUUAAGGUUGUUAAAGUUUUAUUUAUUUAUUUUUUGCUGCUAUAUAUGCAAAUAAACUGAUUUUAAUCAUCGUAAAACAGGUGAAUUAAUUUGAGUUUGUAAAUUUAUUACAGGAAUCCUGUGAUCUCUGUGUGGUAAAGAUGACAUUUGUUACCGUUAUGGUUGAAGGUAGCACUGAUGAGAAACAGUGGUAGAAACAGUUCAGAUGGUGGUUUGCAGUCCUAUGCUUGUGGUUGGAAUUGAGAUCAUCUGCAUAUUACUUGCCCUAUUUUGUUCUCAUCGUAAUGAUUUCUGGGGAAAAAGGAUAUUGUGCCUGAAAACACGGAACUGAUUUGAAUGCAAGACCAAGCUAAUUACAGCAGCAGAAGUUGCCUUUUUCAUAGUGAGGUGAAAUUCUUUUUAGUCAUUUAGCACAGUUUUUCUUUUUUCUACUCAGGGUUGCAGAGGCAGUUAUGUAAGCAGUGUAGUGGAUUGUAUGGAAGAAAGUGACUCACUAAGAUAGUCUGUAAUGCACAUAGCUGUGUUGUUGCAGGGAAGCACUCAAUGACUCAGCUGUAGAGGAGGCUGCUAAUUGGAACUGCUGCACGUGGAGGUUUAGAUGAACCCUGAACUUGGGCUAGCAUGCUUUUGGGCACUUUUUACUGCAUGAAUUACUGGUCAGAUUUUGAAAAAAGCUGGGUGGCCUACCUCCCAUGAAAAGGAGCUAAAAGCUUUUGAGAUUUAUAUUUUACCUUUCAUUUAAUUCUCAUACUUUUGUUGUCAGUUCUUGGCACCUUCUGUGAAGUGGACGAAGUGUAAACUUCCUGUGCUUUCCAAUCCCAGUAGCAUACCAAAAUCUGAUGCUUUGCUUUUAAAAUGCCUUCUAAAAUUGCCUUAAUCCCUUCCUUGGCAUCUUUUCAAUGCAGGAGUAGUCUCUCUGUCAUGAUUCUGCAUCUGCUGACAAGGGGUGUACCUGUGUGGCUGAUCACAAUUUACUUCUUGCUUUGCCUGAUUUGUUUAGUUUAAGAAAAAAAAUAAUAAUUCAGGCUAUAGGUUCCUAAUUCAUCACAAUAUUAGCUUUUCUACUCUUGUUUUCAGAAGUUGUCCAAACACGAUAACACUGUCCAUGAAUUAAAUGUUCUUCUAGCCUGCAAAGUAUACAAAACAAAGCACGUAAUGGAAAUGCUUUUUGGAUCUUAGUGGUCUACUGCAGUGUUGCUCUUGUAGAGCUGUCCUUGGUAGCUGGGCGCUAAUUAGUGAGCCCAAGAUACAGCUGGAUUGCCUUUGCUGUCCCACUGCUGCACUCUAGUAGCAAGCAGUAACAAUCUUGGUUGCAUUUUCUACUUUUUUAUUGAUAUCGAUAUAAAUACCAUCAGCAGUAUAUUUUAUUUAAAAAUGGCUGCUUAUAGUUUUAAAAAUUAAUAGCUGUGGAACUGUUUGAUGUAGAUAAUUUUUUUUCUUCAAUCAUAGUUGAUAUAUUUCUGUGUGUACUUUGUGGGAUUUUAUGCUAAUGGUAGUUUUAAUACCAGAAAGAGACAUUCUGUUGCAUGUCUCAGCUCUGUGAAUUGAACAGUAUGAUUUCACUCAUGCUCCAUUACUUCUGGCCAUCUUCUAGGAAGUCAUGAAAACUCAUUUAGUCCCGAAUCUGUAUGAUGGUUGAUUCCUACUGUGGGUGUAAAUACCCAUAAAAAUAUUUUCUAUGUUCUUCCUUUGUCCUUCUAUUUUUCAGUACUUUGUAUUCUUAGUACCAUAUUUUGUUCAUCUGGAAUAGUGGAUAUUUGAUGUGGUGGUGGUCCUGUUGAAAGAGAGUAUUUUAGCAAAGAGAGCUUUGCAGAUAGAUAUUAACUAUCCAUAAUAAUAGUUUGUGUUGCCACAUUUAGAAUGAAGUUCCCAUGCUUUAUCUCUGUGUCAGAAAUAAUCUUAUUUUUCCUUCUCUAUCACAUUAUUUUUCUGGUAACAUGAAGAUGUGUAUCCCUGGAUGGAGAUGUCUUCUACAGUAUAAUUAUUUUCCUGUUUGUUUCUGUGAUGGUGAGGCAGUUGUUUGUAUGUAACAAGUCUAACUGACUCAUGUAUCUGAAUGUUUUCUCUUAAUUAAUUGGGCCUUUUUGAAGGUGAAGGCUGAGUAAUUUGAAUUGCAUGAAAUCAGAACUAUAGGUGGAGAGCAUUUUCUGUAUUAACAGAAUGUACGUUUAUGCAUAAUCUUCCUUUACUACUAUAGAAAAAGUUUUACAGGGUAGAAUUUUGCUCCUCUUUCUGAAAGAUAUACAUAUAUUUAUGUAUAUUCUCUCUGCCAGUUGAAUUUGUAUAAAUGCAUAAUGUAGGGCCUGUAUAAAAUGUAAAUGAAAUAAAGCAACCUUCUCCCCUCAGAAAAUAAGAAAAGUGAAGUCGUAUAAAAUUUAGCACAGUGUUUAGUAUAAAGAAGUGUACGUGUCUUGUAUCAGAUAUGUAGUUUUUCAACAGGUUUUUCCCAAGUUGGCACUCCUGCAUGUUCAAAUCAAAUGAGAAAUUUGCUUGUAAACAGCAAGUUUUCCUGGUCACUGAGUAGACAAUAUGAGAGUGUGAAGCAAACCAAAACAGAUAGUUUAAGCUUUGUUUGGAUCAUUUUAGAAGUUCUACUCUGUUACCUUAAUUUUUGUUUUUUGGCAUGUUAAGCAAAACUGGUUAUCAGUUUUGUGUCAAUUUUCUGGCACAAAGUUAUGGCUGAAUUAUCUGUGAAGAACAAAGGAGGUGUGUAGCUGAAGAUGCCAAUUCUGGCAGAAGUUUCCUGAAGGGGCCUAUUAAAUCCAUACCUGCUCUUCAGCGCAUUCUUCAGCGUACCUAACAUACCCAAGCUAUCCUCUGCUUGUUUUCCAUAAGGUUUGAAUUGGCGUGUGACAAGUUGAAGUAUACAAAGCGACUUCUUUAGAUAGUUUCAGGCUAUUAAAAUGUUAAGGCAGGAGACAGGAACGGUCCUCUCUAGUUACAAAGUACUAUGAGACUUCCACAGACAUUCUGAAAAAUUAAAGCGUGGUUUUAAGAGUCACAGAAGUGGUGAUGUUUUUUUGUUUUUUUUCUUUUGUUUGUUUGUUUUAAUGUUCAGGUGAGUUUCUGCAUCGGGCUUUGAAAGUUGAAAUGCAGACUUUUCAUUGGAAAAAGGGGAAUAUGAAAAGAAACGGUUACCAACUUUUUCUCUCUUGCCAAGUAUAUUUCUUUCUAGUUGCACUGAAAUUAGUUCAGAAAAUUUGUGGAAGCCAAGUGGCACUUACUCAUUUGCUGCUGCAGUUAAAUGUGUUAGUUCUUUCCAUGUUUCUGCCUUUUACCCUGUUGCAUUUUUAUUUGACCUGCUAAACAGAACUGACUUGUGUAAAACAACUCUAGUGUGAAGAGAACUUUGAAUGUUGCAUUAUACUUUGCAAGCAAUCCCAUCUAUUUCUUUCUUGUUACUCAUAUUUAGCUCAUACAUUAGAAAAUCUUACUGGAUUCGAAGAUUAUUUGUUUACAUUUUGGUCAAACUUGGUUCAGCACUGUUUGUAGUAUGACCACAGCUGUAUUAUUAUUAAACUUAAGAUUGUGCUUGGUUACUGUCAAAACCAAUUCUAGCUGUCAGUCCAGAUGUUUAAAAAAAAAAAAAAAAAAAAAAAAAAAAAAAAACAUAGCUUUGUUUUCCAGCAAUCAUUUAUUGCUACUUGCUUAAACAGUAAGAUAUUUUGCUUACUGUCUGUGCAAGGAAAUUCAGUGCAUUUGUCAGACAAACUCAUCUUAAGUCAUGCUAUUUGUACUUUCAUAGCAAAGUGAACAUCACCGCAGUGAAGUGCUAAACAUGGAUCCUGGAGAGGACAUACUGUUCAACCCAGUCUUUUUCUAAUCUGUGUACUUGUUUAGAGCUCAGUUUGCCUUCAAUUUUCAUUUCAUAUUUAUACAUCAGUAUUAUGUACUGAAGCCAAAGUGAUUUCUGCUGAUACAUUUCUGUCUCUGAGUGCAGUUUUUGUUAAUUCAGAACCUUUGUUUUGUAAACUGUCAGUGUAACCAGGAAAGAAAAAUGGGCUCGCUGUUAAUUUUUAGCACUUCCUCAAGUUUGAUUUGGACAACCUGUGUGACCUCUGCAGAUGUCUUUCUAAAGUGAAAAUAGCUUCUUCCUCUUAUCAUUAUUUUGGCAUAUCAAAUUUUGUGGUUUUUCAUUGUGCUUAUACAGUGGCCCCUAUUAUGAGCAACAUCCACUAGAAACCUCUAGAAGAUUCUUAUAAUAGGAAUAAUAAAUAGUAUUUAACUCAGAGAAUUUCUCCUCUCGCUGUUCAAAACUCUAACCAUUUAAGAUCUUUCUUUUCCUAGAAAAUUUAAGCAGAAAUCAAUUAGAGCAUCCAGUAACUCUGUCUCUUGACUUGAAGGUAAAAGCUGGUGAGGAUAGGUUAGCCAGAGGAAGCAUCUGCCUGAUGUGUACAUAGAGAAAUAGCAACCCCUGGGAGGAGAACCUUCACAAAUGUAUGAGAAGUGACUGAACAGUUUCAGAAAUGGUCUCAAACACUUGCUGCUGUUGAUAAACAUCUUUAAAUGCAAAGAAAUAUGUAUAAGUGGAAAUACAUUUAGAUGUUUGUGGUUUUAAUUGAAAAUUCUCUUUUUUGAGGCCCAUGUAGAUGUUGUAUUUUAUUUUUUUAUUUAAAUUUAUUAAUUUUACAAGGCAGUCAAAAGGAAUUUUUAGUGUGAUUUCUUUCUCUAGUUGCUCUGAGUUGAGGAAAAAGUAACAAAUGAAGAUAUAACGUAAUAUCUGGGAGUUCCGUGGGAAUACAUAACUUUUACUUAAGCCAAGAUUUUUAGCUGUCUUUUGGGGAGAUAUUGCCUUAGAUGAUGAAGACUUAAAAAUCUUUCAAAUUGACAGGACAAUUGACCUUACGCAGCACUCCAAUGAAAGACUUGGCCAUAACACAGGUGGCUUUGGAGAGCAUGGGAUGUCAAAAAAGCGAGGUGCCCUCUAUCAGCUUAUAGAAAGGAUAAGAAGAUUUGGCUCUGGCUUGGAGCAAAAUAAUACUUCUAAAGGAAGAACCACAGUGAAAUUCUCAGGGAAAAACGAGAAGAACAGAUUUCCCAGAGCUGCUACAUCACGAACAGAGAGAAUAUGGCCAGGGGGUGUCAUUCCAUACGUAAUAGGUGGAAAUUUCACUGGCACACAGCGCGCCAUGUUCAAACAGGCGAUGCGACACUGGGAAAAGUACACGUGUGUUACAUUUAUUGAAAGAAGUGAUGAAGAAAGUUACAUUGUAUUUACAUACCGACCUUGUGGGUGCUGUUCUUAUGUGGGUCGAAGGGGAAAUGGUCCUCAAGCUAUAUCUAUUGGCAAGAACUGUGAUAAAUUUGGUAUAGUAGUCCAUGAACUGGGUCAUGUUAUAGGCUUUUGGCAUGAACAUACACGACCAGACCGAGAUGACCACGUCACCAUCAUUAGAGAAAACAUCCAACCAGGUCAGGAAUACAACUUCUUGAAGAUGGAGCCUGGAGAGGUGAAUUCUCUUGGGGAGCCGUAUGACUUUGACAGCAUCAUGCACUAUGCCAGGAACACCUUCUCAAGGGGCAUGUUUCUGGAUACCAUUCUCCCUUCCCGUGAUGAUAAUGGUAUACGACCUGCCAUUGGCCAGCGUACCCGUCUAAGUAAAGGAGAUAUUGCACAGGCAAGAAAGCUGUAUAGAUGUCCAGCCUGUGGAGAAACACUGCAGGAAUCUACAGGCAACUUUUCUUCUCCAGGAUUUCCAAACGGUUAUCCUUCCUACACCCACUGCAUAUGGCGAAUCUCUGUGACCCCAGGGGAAAAGAUUGUUUUAAACUUCACCACGAUGGACCUGUACAAGAGCAGUCUCUGUUGGUACGACUAUAUUGAAGUAAGAGAUGGCUACUGGAGAAAAUCACCUCUGCUUGGCAGGUUUUGUGGUGACAAACUGCCAGAAGUCCUCGCGUCCUCUGACAGCAGGAUGUGGAUUGAGUUCCGUAGCAGCAGCAACUGGGUUGGAAAAGGCUUUGCAGCAGUUUAUGAAGCGAUCUGUGGAGGUGAAAUCCACAAAAACGAAGGCCAGAUCCAGUCUCCCAAUUACCCUGAUGACUACAGACCGAUGAAGGAAUGCGUGUGGAAAAUAACAGUGUCUGAAAACUACAAUGUAGGAUUAACCUUUCAAGCAUUUGAGAUUGAAAGACAUGACAACUGUGCAUAUGACUACUUGGAAAUUCGAGAUGGAAUGAAUGAAAACAGCCCUUUGAUUGGUCACUUCUGUGGCUAUGACAAGCCAGAAGACAUUAGAUCUACCUCUAAUACUCUGUGGAUGAAGUUUGUUUCCGAUGGAACGGUUAACAAAGCAGGAUUUGCAGCUAACUUUUUUAAAGAGGAAGAUGAAUGUGCCAAACCUGACAAUGGUGGCUGUGAGCAGCGCUGUGUUAACACUCUGGGCAGUUACCAGUGCGCCUGUGAUCCUGGCUAUGAACUCGGUCCUGACAAAAAGAGCUGUGAAGCUGCUUGUGGAGGACUUCUGACAAAGCUAAAUGGGACUAUAACCACACCAGGGUGGCCCAAAGAAUAUCCUCCAAACAAAAACUGUGUGUGGCAGGUGGUUGCCCCAACGCAGUACCGAAUUUCAAUGAAGUUUGAGUUUUUUGAGUUAGAAGGCAAUGAAGUGUGCAAAUACGAUUACGUGGAGAUCCGCAGUGGCCUUUCUUCUGAUUCUAAACUACACGGUAAAUUCUGCGGUACGGAAGUGCCUGAAGUUAUCACCUCACAGUACAACAACAUGCGAAUCGAGUUCAGGUCUGACAAUACAGUGUCAAAAAAAGGCUUCAAGGCACACUUCUUUUCAGACAAGGAUGAGUGUUCAAAGGACAAUGGUGGUUGCCAGCAUGAGUGCAUCAACACGGUAGGAAGCUACGUUUGCCAGUGCCGGAAUGGAUUUGUGCUACAUGAAAACAAGCAUGACUGCAAGGAGGCUGAGUGUGAACAGAAGAUCCACAGUCCCAAUGGCAUCAUUACAAGUCCUAACUGGCCCGACAAGUAUCCCAGCAGAAAGGAGUGCACCUGGGAAAUCAGUGCCACCCCUGGGCAGAGAGUCAAAUUGACUUUCAAUGAAUUUGAGAUAGAACAACAUCAAGAAUGUGCCUAUGACCACUUGGAAGUGUUUGAUGGUGAAAGUGAAAAGUCGCCAAUUCUGGGACGUUUGUGUGGCAGUAAGAUACCAGAGCCUCUCAUUGCUACUGGAAACAAAAUGUUUCUCCGCUUUAUUUCUGAUGCAUCAGUUCAAAGGAAAGGCUUCCAAGCAACACACUCUACAGAGUGUGGUGGUCGGUUGAAAGCUGAAACCAAGCCCAAAGAUCUGUACUCGCAUGCUCAGUUUGGUGAUAACAACUAUCCGGUUCAGGCAGACUGUGACUGGCUCCUGGUGGCGGAGCGUGGCUAUCGAGUUGAAUUAAUGUUCCAGACUUUUGAGGUUGAAGAAGAGGCCGACUGUGGUUAUGAUUACGUGGAGCUCUUUGAUGGUCACGAUAAGACAGCUAUGAGACUUGGUCGAUUUUGUGGUUCUGGGCCACCAGAAGAAAUCUAUUCGGCAGGGGAAACUCUUUUACUUCACUUUCACACUGAUGAUACAAUCAACAAGAAAGGAUUCCAUAUACGAUACAGAAGUAUAAAAUAUCCAGAUAGUGUGCACACCAAAAAAUAGCACAAGAACCUCUAUUCAAGAGAAGGAGAGCAAGACAAAAAAGAAUGCACAGUGGAAAGGAAGUGAUGUCUUUUUUAUUUAACUGAAGUUAGUAGCACAGAUGUUUUUCUAUGAGUCCAAUUGAAAUUGAUGACUUAAAAGACCAGAGACAAAAAAAUAAAUACCUAUCCCCGUGGAAUACAGGAGACGGUGAUGUGCAGGCUCCAUACUUGACUGUCUCUGCAAAGGAGGUGAAAGGACUUUGCGCACUUCCAGGAGAAUAUGAAAGCUUUUGCUUGUGGUUUGACAUUUGUCAUAGAUAAGUGAACAUUCAACUAUGUUCAAGUGAGGUGACUCUCCAAAACAUUCUUCCUUCUGACAGCUGUAUGGUGUCCAGGAGAAAAGGAAAAAAAAAAAAAAAAAAAAGCUGUUUCAGGUCAUGCACUCAAAAUACUGUCCUUAUAUCUAUUUGCUUUAACUUCAUAUCCUGCAGACAGUGUGUAUAAAGACUUGAAAGAAGAUAUGAAAUUGGAAGGUUUCCCACAUUGCUCUGUAGUUUCUACCUGCUCGUCUGUCAUAUCAGGUUAUCAGCAUUUUGAAACUGGAAAAUCUUACUUCUGAAACGUAAAGAGUAUUUUGUUUUACUUACAACUGAGAAGUCUGAACUGUUACAUUGGUCAUCAUUAGCUUGACCGAUCACUAGUUAACUGAAGUUGAACAAUGUAAGCAUCUGAAAAUGUUAGGUUUGCUGAUUAAGUAAGCUAUGUCUGAUGAUGUGCUCUUAUUUUGCACUGAACGUAGAAUAUAGACUGAGAUGAAAAUCUGUCAUCAAUCAAAUCUGUAUCCAUGAGAUAUAGUUUUGUCUGAAACUCCUACUGAAUUUGUUUUUAACAGUACACUUGGAGCCACUGCAAAGCUUUAUUUCGUUGGACCUCUUUGUUAAUGAGCUAAUUGUCUUGUUUAGCUAAUCAGAAAUGAAGCUAUAGUAGCAUCCAAGUGGGAGGUUUCCUUAAGAUAUAUAUUUUUUUUCUGAAAGGAAGAGUAUCUGUGAUGACAAAAAAAGCAAAACAAAACAGUGGACCCUGGAUUUGUUUCUUAUCAAGCGUGAAUUCCUAUGGUGCUAUUCCGUGAACACUAAAAGCAGCAACAACAAAAGCAACCAACGAGAAGUUUUAGACUUUUGAGCCAACAGCUUGCAAGAUCAUGAAUGUCUCGCUAUGCCUGGCUGAAUCCAGAGAAGGAAGGCUUUGCUGCUCCGAGGGAGGGCAGGUUGCAAUGGCAGCACUAGUCCUGUGGAACAACUCCUACUAUUGCCUUAGAAUCCUCGCACACUAUCAGACAGAUCUUCCUGUGGAUACACCUCUAAUUUGAUAAAUAAGUCAAUGACUCGGACAUUUUAGCAUAUGCUAAUAGAAGGAUCUUCAAGCAAAAUCCCCAUCUGCAGAAUGAGAUCAUCUGCCUGUAAAUACACAGUGACUUGCUUUUGAUGUAGAGAUAUGUUACGUUUAGAACUGAGGUAUUCUAUGUGCUUUAGGCCGUACAUGGCUUUAGUCAUAAUGUAUAUGCUUUAUGUAAGUAUUGUAUGUAUGACUGCUUCAGGGGAGUGAGAGGUAUUGUAUGGAUGAACACUGAAUUGUUUCUUUAUGUGCCAAGUUCUAUCAGGACCCCAUUUGACUGUAGCAACUUUUCUUUAAAGGCUUCAUAGACAGAUAAUGGGACUUCUAGCUGGCAAGAACCAAGUUAAAAGUAUUAUGUUUCACUCUACAAGAAAUACUAUUUUGAUAUCCUUUCUUGUAAGUUGCUACUCAGAUUAGCUUAGUUUCUGUUACCUUAUUAUGAACAUACAUUGGCACUAAUAAAUCUGAUCUUUUUUUAUAAAAAUAAAAACCAAACGUCUGUAUAGUUGUCUUUGACUGCUUUAACACCUGUAUUCUGUUUACAUCUUACCAUUUUCUUUUCCAGACAGCUUAUGUUUAUGAAACUUAAAACUGAAUGAUUUCUGUGUUUUUAUAACGCUGAUCCGCUGGCCUUUUGUUUGGCUCACAUUACAGGUAUUUGCACAUGAAGUACAUUUUUUUCAAGGUCUUUUACUACAAAAUCCAGUUAGGAAACUUACUGUGCAUAUAUAUAGGAAACGCUUUUUAUACAUAUAGACUACAUGUAACAAUAAAUAUAUAUUCUUAAUGUUGAUACAUAAUUUCUGUACCAUUUGCUGAACUUUUUUUUUUUUAAUUUUCCUGAUAUUUAAAUUUGGGAUUUUUUCCACCCUCAGGGUUACUUUAACAAUCACAGGUUGUUAAAGAUCUUGUAACCAAGAUUAUUAUUUUCUGGAGUGGAUUUUUUUGUUGGUGAUUCACCCAGGCCCCUGUAAGUGUGUACUACGUAUAAUAGUGUCACUGGAAUAGUUGGAGACUCACAAGCUGAGGGCAAGAACACCAGAUUUCCAAGACCCUGUGGAAACUGGUUAUCUGGGGACACAUCAAAGUCUAAGUUUUGAGCACAGUAUGUUUAGGGUUAUUUUGCACUAUGACAUAGAAGUCAUGAGAAGGUUCCCAUAACUUUGAAUAUAAAGUUAAAUUUUACUUCUCUAAUUGCUUGCUUUGUAGAUUCCAUGUGCUUAACAGUGGUGAAAACGAAGAAGGUGUUCUUAGUGAUUAUUCUGAUGAUUAAAAUUCAAUCUCAGUUACAUCUUUUCAUUGAACGUGAUUUUAGUAGAUAUCUCGUGAUGCCAUAAAAAGGAGUUACUUCUGGGUAAGGAGGUUUUUCCUGAGGUAAUGAAAAUCAAGUAUUUUGUGAACUCCUUGUUUAAUGGAGCAUGCUUUAUAGUUACCCUAACAAUGAGAUUAUAAUAAUAAAAAAAUCAUUUAUACUGGAGAAAUUGUGAAAAACAAUGUGUGCUCCCCAAAAAAUCUUUUUGAGAAUUUUUUUUCAUAACACAGUAUUUAAAGGUCUUACCUGUUGGCUACUCCACGAAGCAGCAUUGCUUCAAGCACAGUUCAUUUUAAAAUAGAUUAAUUGGAUGGAAGCUUUAUCUGCCUAAUUUCUGUAAUUUCACUGCAUUAGGUGAAGGGAGUGAUGCAGUUAUCAGCGGAAUCAACAGUUUCUUUUAUAUAUACAUACAUUUCAAUGCAUCCUUUGUACACAUUAAAAAUGCUUUAUGCUGUAUUUUUUCACUCGCCUGAAGGAAGAAUUAGAUGAUUAAUUAAAUUGGACAAUGCGUUUUUAUUUUUAUUUUUUUUUACCAGGGAAUUGAAGAUAACCUAAGGUACGACUUUUAAAUCUUAAUGGUGAGUAAAUGCACGAGUGGUGAGGGGGAUUAAGAGUGUGCAGUAGUUCCCCCAGUUUUGUUCCACUCCCCAACCCUGCCCCAUCACUUUCAGGCUUUGCUGUUCUGAGUUGAAUAUUUGGGACAGCACGUAUUUUAUUGUGAUUUAGUUCAUGUAAUGAAAAACACAGGCAAGGGUUUAGUUAUUACAUGGAAUAACAGGCUGAAUGAAGUCUGAUUAAAGCAAAAAGAACAAAGGAAAAUGUAUUUUGCAAGAUUGUCUGAUUGCUCCUGGUUCCUUGAUUGAGCUCACAAAUGAAGCAAGCUAAGCAGAUGCAAAAAUAUACAGUAGUGUUGGGUGGACAGUGAAAAGGGAAAUACUGGAUAGGUUUAGGUCUCUCUCUCUUAAUCCCACCUCUACAACUGCUUUUUGUUAUGUUUUCUACUUGUCUUGUAGAUUUUGUAACCUGUAACUUUGGUUUUGUAACUUACCAAGUCCUGUCCUAAUCUACGAUAUUAAGUAGAUAAGCUUCUUUUUUCUCUUCAGUGACCCUUGGAUAAUAAUCAUUCUUCUUGUAAUGCUGGAACUCUCAGGAAGGAUUAUUGCUUCUGUGCAUCUAUAUUGGAAGGUAUUUGCCACGUGAUGGCAACUUCUGAAAUACAAUACUAGUGAUCAUUGUGAAUGUAUGAUUUUCUCGUAGAGCUUGUGCCCUGGCAUUUCCAGCAGAAUAGUGAUAGAAUUUAUUUUUUCUCAUCAUGUUUCAGGUGAGUGGCCGCAUGGUGAAAUUAAAUGGAGUUACAGUGCUCAAGAAAGAAGGAAAAAGGACAUUUUGUCUCUUGCGUGUGUUUCUCACGGAGGAGAGUAAGAUAGUUUAGGAUAUAUUAUGGGAAUAUAUGCGGGAGUAAAGGGACAGAUUUGAAUAACAAAACAAAAGCCACUAGAGACUCUCGGAUGUUAGAGAUGAAAUAAUUCCCUGGAAUUGAUACCCCAUCUCAAAUAUUAAGAUCUAUUUUGUACUGGGUAUUGACCAAUGGAGCAAGAGUAGCACCCAAAGGGGUAUUUCAAUCAUGAAAGUCCACAAUAAAAUCUGUGCAAAGCAUUUGCUGUUUGGUCAGUGAAUUUGGUAGUAAUAAUGAUAUACUUCUUGGACUUGAAAUAACUGAAACUGGUGAAGAUAUAAGCACUAUGACAGUAGACAGAAAACAGUAAUUGUUUACAUCUACAAUCUGAAUACUUCUCAACCAACUCAAAACCAGAGUUCUAAAGCAUAGCUGGUGACAAAAGUUGCUGAAUGGCCUUUAUUAAGUUGAAGAGCUGAUUACAGGGUGAAAAAUUUAUCUGAAAUACUUAGCAAUAUUAAUAUACUUGCCUUUUUUAAUGCUGCUAUCUUUUCAAAUUAUCAUGAUGCAAACUAUUUCUGUUGGUGAAAUCCAUAACUUCAUCUCUAUGUAAGGAGAGGAGAAGGGAGAAAAUUACUUAUUGAAGUAAUUAGUUACUUAAAAAUUGUCAUUGUUGUGAUGUCUUCAAAGGCAACUAUUCUGGGGAUAUUUCUAGAUAAUCAUAAGUCAUAUGCCAAUUACUAAUAUUUCUCUGUGAAUCUUCCUUUGAAGUGCUGCACCAUGUGCACAAUAUUAAGAAAAAUAUGCGUUUUAGACGAAGAUUAAUAUAUUCUGGAGUUUCUUGGCCAGUUUGACUUAUUAUGAAAAUAUUUUAGUGUUGAUCUGAGUUUACAAGUUUUUAAAAUAAUAAAGCUGUUCAACUGCAUUGCUGAAACUUUUUUGUGUGAUAAAGGAGAAUCUUCACAUUAGAGAAAUUUCCUGACUACUAAAGGAGCUUAAGAAUGUGGUUAGUUACUGUAGUCCCUAUUUAUGGUGAAGGUUGAAAGGAAAAAGGAGGAGUUAACUUACAGUACUGAAAAUCUGGCUCUUAAAUCUUUGUAUCACAAAGGACAUGUUCGUAUUAUGUAUAGGCACAAGGAGUAUUUUGCGGAGAAUGCUUCAGUAUACGUUUAUCCUCCUGUGAAAAAUGUAGGUAAAGGCAAUGAAUCCUUUGAUUUGAAUGGUACAGAUUAAAUGAUGUAAGUAAAUGCUUUUACCUCAUGAUGUCCGUUAUUAAUACACUGUUGUCCAUUUUAACAAUUUUUUCCACAGUUGUUUCAUCAUAAAAGAUCCUUGAAAAUAGUUGAUACAUCUGUCUAAUAGAAAUUUUAUUUUUGUUUUUACCAUGCCAUUGCAUUUUGCUAAUUUUGCUGCCUCUAGAAUCUUGCACUUACUGCAUAGUUUUUGAAACCACCAAUGUUUCACAUUUGAAGAAUUUGCUAACUUUAAUUUCACAAGACAGGUGGGGAAGGCUUGAAGGUAUGCAUGCUAUCAUCCACUAGACAAAUUGGUUUCAAGCUGCAAGUCUUCACUGAGAAUUAAUGCUGUUGGGAAGUGAAGGAAACUUUUCUGUUGUUUAUUGUUAGUAUUACCUUUGAUUAAAAUGAAGAAUGUAUACAAGGAUUGCAGAAGAACUGAAAGAAUGCUAGAUUAUAUAAAGCGAGAAUUUGUGUUAGAUUUCAGGUCACUGUUUUUUAGGUAAGAUAGAUUUUUUAUUAUUAUUAUUAUUAUUAUUUUGUAUGAAUUAACGCCUAGAGAAAAGUUUCAGGAAACCAAAUAAAUAUAUUGACUCUAAUGAAGAGAUCAUU